AUGUACAUGCGAAGCUUCCCACAGAUAGAGCAAUUGAUGAAAUCCAAAUUGGACUGGUCGUACAAGACGUACAACCAUCGAUUUCGAGAUUGGUUAUUCCCCGUGGACCGAAUCGAGCGACAGCAAGUGGUGAUAGAUCUUUACAAUGAAGUCUCAGAUACGGAUGUCACUACCGCGGUGGAGACUCCUCCUGCGACGUUGCCUCGACUCGCGGCUCUUCGACCUGCACUUCAGACGUCUUCUCCACAACCACAACAGCCUACAAGUGUGCCUGUAGACUUCUUCUUCCAACCUCACCCACAACGCACUCCAAGCGGGUCACAUACUCCAGAUCGUAUGUCGAUCGCCACGAUGGAAACGUGGACAUCGGGGAGCACACAGUCUGCUUAUACCCAUAACGACGAUACGUUUUCCGUUUCUGGAUUCUCGAUAAUGACCUCGGCGUCUUCGAUCAGUGAUGCAGGCAAGAGUUCACAGAUCUCCCCUUCUGAUUAUGAGGCAGAACAAACGAUACAAAUACCAAAGCCAUUGAGACUUCCCAAGCAUGAUCCCAAGGCUGGAUUAUGGAAUGACAUUCUACGUGUUGUGCCUUGUGGGAUAGACCACACAGCUUUGCAAUGGCAUGAAUCAUUCCCUAGCUGUGAAGGAUGUGGAUACUCUCAAUGGCACGCUCUAAUGAUUUACGCUCGACAUAUGGACAUGGGAAACUUCAUCACAGCCAUGAGCCAACUCCCAGGGUUCGACAAGAUGGACUUUGCCGGCAACUACCCUAUCCACUACUUAAUGUGUGCUGGAGUGAGCAUGGAAUACUUUGGUCACUUCUCCCAAUAUGCUGGCAACACCUGUCGUCAAAACGUAUUUGGUCAAAACCCAAUCCACGUCCUGAACCCUCAAGAUCUUGGUGACCAAUUAAUGAGUCUACUAGACUGGUUCAGACACAACCGUCACCCACCCGGCCUCCUUCUCACUCAACGGGAUAUCUACUGCCGGACACCUCUCCACGCCCUCCUCCAACGACCCCUCGAACGCACACUCUACCGACAAAUCCUCAAAGUCUUCCCCUUCGCCGAGCACCAGCUCCGUUCCCUUGACACCUCCGGUAAUUCCACCAUCAAAAUGAUGAAUAAAUCCUCCAACAAGAUCAAACUUGAGUCCGCGCCCGACUUUGCCAAGAUCCAAGCUGGCAUCACCGAAGUACGGCUCUUCCUCGACGAAGCUGACCAAUCACAAGUCGGUCGUGUCUCCAACUAUGGUUUUCACGACAUCGCCCGUGGUGCUAGAGGUACCAGUUAUUACGGCUUCUUCGAGUGCAGGAUCUGUUUACAGACAAAUGCUCACUCGAACAGCUACCUCGAUCAGAUUCGUUGCGCGUGCCAGAAUAAUCGAGACAGGAACGCCCCGGAUGAGACGGGAAUGACACCUGCUCAUUUGAUCGUGAUGCGAGAUCGCUCGAGCGGCGACUACGGGAAGCAGGAAUCAGCAGCAGAAACUUCAGCCCUAUUCCGAACCCUAAUCCCCUCUCACGACGCGACCUUACGAGAAGCCCUCCACGCUCUCGACAAAGAAGGCAACAGCCUCAUCUUCAACAUCGCCACGCGCGGCUUCGACGAAAUCCUCUCCUACGCCCUCGAGAUGGAAGAUCCCGGCCGACGAGCCAGCAUGGUCAAUUCUUUCGGCCGGAGACCGGAUGGUGGCGAGUGGAGCGUUCUGAGCGCGGUGUUCUUUCGAUUGAGGAAGGCGAUCGACGAUUAUAAGAUGGCGCAUCCGUUGAAGGAUGCUAGUCUGCGUUAUCAGCAUUAUGAGAUGUAUACCCGGUUGGCGAAAUGUAAGGAUAUCUUGAAGGCGAAUGGGGCCAAGGAGAGUCCGGGGAAGGUUGAGAGGUGGAGGGUUUGGGUGUAG